UUGGAUUUUGGGUUUCAAUAUGGUAAAAAUCACAAUCUUUAAGACACGAUAGUUAGUUACAUAGUCUUUGAAAGGGUAAAUUGUAUCUGCAUUAGAGGAUGUUUCACUUGGAAAAAUUCAAUACAAUGUAAUAAUAGUUGGAAGUGGAAAUUACGGGAAUACGGUUGAUUUCAUAUUCCAACAAUCUAUAAUUCUGGCUUAUUGUGUCUUAUUGCUAGAAUGACAGAACCGAUUCAGGGGCUGUCUAGUAAAGCAUCCAAGUUUCAAUCAGACAAAGAUAUAAUUAGCAGCAUGCCAGAGAAUGUGAUUACUAAUAUCAUGGAUCGGUUGGAGAUAGAAGAAGCGGUGAGGACUAGCAUUUUGUCGAGAGGCUGGAGGUUAAAGUGGACGUUGCUCACCCGGAUCGUAUUUAAUUCUGAUUUCUUUGAGCGUCUAUCAGAUUCUAAUCAUGAGACUUAUUACGGGAGGAUUAUAAUAAGUAGGCUUCUUCUUCAGCUUAAAGGUGCAUUGACUAAGUUUUUCCUCAAUGUAACGGAGGAAAGUUACUACGAAGAUAUUAAUAGUUGGGUUAUGUUCUUGUCGACAAAAGGAAUUGAAGACUUCACUCUUCAAAGUUGGCACGGUAUACCACUUAAGUUACCUACCCAUUUUUUCUCUUGUCUGAAGUUGAAACGUGUGGAACUUACUAACUGUUGUAUCCGUCCCAUUCCGGGUUUUAGUGGUUUUCCAAAUCUAUUGAGCUUAAGUUUGUAUUCAGUGACCUUUGAAAGCUACCAAUGUGGGGAGUUUCUCACUUGGAGUCCGUUACUUGAAGUUCUGGUAAUUUCAGAGGACAGUAUUACUGGGGUAGUGCAACAUGUUGAGCUUGCAAAACUUGAAAAUCUCAAAGUGUUAUGUUUGCCAUUAUGUAAGCUUGACAGUAUGGGGAUGAUCACAAGUUCAAGCAUAUUUCAACUUAUGGGGGAUUUCUCUAAACUUCAGGAGCUUACUCUAGUUUUUACGGACUGCAAGAUGUUGGCAGGAAUUGAAGCUAGAAACAAUGCCCGAACCUUCUUACCGUGUCUUAAGGUUCUUGAUUUAUGCCACAUAGAUUUUAGCUCUAGCAUUAUGGUAUCAUGCGCUAUUGAAUUGAUUUGUGGAUCAUCAAAAUUGCACACACUUAGGAUCACGGCUGCACAAAAGAUGGAUGUGGUCCCACCGCCUGCGUUUUGUUCUUCAGAGGUAGACUACAGCAGAAUGGGGCAACUACAGCUUCGAGACGUGACAUUUUAUUACAUCGGAGGUUGGAGCAAUGAAUCAUGUCUGAUAGAGUCUUUACUUUCAUCUUCUCCCUUCCUAAAGAAUGUGUGGAUUCUUGCAAACAGAUCAUCCCGCGGGUCCAGUUAUAACCAUAAGGAGGUGAUGUUUGGUAUACAGCUGUUGAAGUUCCACCGAGCCUCCCCCUUGGCAGAAGUAGAACUCGAAUGGGUUUAGGCCUUUAGGGCCGGCAAUACUCCAGGUCCACCAAACUUGAAACCCGACCGAAUUGCCAAACUUAUUUUCACUUGAAUUAGGAUUUAGGAAACAUGUGAUGAUUAGGAGAUGAGUGUAUAGACUACAGAUACAUAAUAAGGUCUACUUUGGUUGUAUUAUAGUAUAUGAUUCUUUAAUCUUUAUGCACAGAGGUGCAUCUUUUAAGCAGUUGGUGCAUCUUUUAAGCAGUUAACUACAAGCAAUUGUUGAUAGUCAUUGUCACAAUGACACAA